GUGAGUGGCCCCGUUGCCCAGCAACCAGGUGGCAGCGUCCCCUGAGCCAGGACCGUGCAGCUGCGCCCAGCCCUGCCCUGCCCUGCUUCUCACGGGCCUGCAGGACCCCUGGGGCCCUGUGCUUAUUCCCCAAGACUGGGACAGCUGGGCCCUCUGGUCACAAUGAACAUUGUUCUCUUCAGGGACAGCCAGGUGAGGGCGAUGGAGAGCACAGUGACCAACGCCGAGAAGUACUUCGGCCGGUUCUGCUCGCUGCUGGCCGCCUACACCCGGAAGACAGCCCGGCUGCGGGACAAGGCCGACCAGCUGGUCAAGCAGCUCAUCGACUUUGCCAACACGGAGAACCCCGAGAUGCGGGCCACCAUGAGGAACUUCGCCGAGGAGUUGGCCAAAGUGCAGGACUACCGGCAGGCCCAGGUUGAGAGGCUGGAGACCAAGGUGGUCACCCCCCUGAAAUUCUAUGGGCCUCAGAUAAAGCAGACGCGGGCCGAGAUCAAGAAAUGCAAACAUAUUCGGAAUAAUGAGAUCAAACAACUGGAAAAGUUGGAGAAACUGAGGCAGAAGUCACCUUCGGAUCGGCAAAUGAUCUCCCAGGCAGAGACCAGCGUGCAGAAGGCCUCGGUGGACGCCAGCCGCACCACCCACCAGCUGGAGGAGACGGUUGACGCCUUCCAGACGCAGAAGCUGAAGGACCUGCAGAAAAUUUUUUCGGACUUCGUGACCAUUGAGAUGGUCUUCCACGCCAGAGCGGUGGAGGUGUAUUCCAGCGCCUUCCAGACGCUGGAGAACUACGACCUGGAGGGGGAUCUGCAGGAUUUUAGAGCCAAGAUGCGCGGAGUUACUGGGUACAGUGAUGCCCGGCCCCGCAGGGACAUCGCUCCCUCCGCAGCUGUUCCAUGGUCUCGCUCCUGCCAGAGCACCCAGAGCACCAUGCGCAGCCAGAGGAAAGAAGAGGCGGCGAGUGAGGACGACUUCGCUGAGGAGGACCUGGAGGAGGAACUCAGGGGCUGGGCUAGGGACUCCAUCAAUGGGACCAGAACUUCCAAGUUAGAAAACUAG